GCUGCUGGUUCGUGCGGUGCCGAGCCCGGCGUGCCAGUAAACAGGCCAUUCGAUGGUCAUCGAAGGGGGCUGUGCAAGCGGUGCCCACGGCGCUUCGUCCCGUGCUGUCCUGCUUUCCACGGAUGCGCAGGCUUUUCGAGCUGCCAGUACAUAACUCAAAUGCUGGUGUUUUGAUGCUUUGCUUCUCGAGAUGCUCUCAGUUUCUGUCUACAGCGGCAUGAGAAUCUGACAUCAACGCUCAUCAUGGUAUCCCCGGAGAAAGAGCCAACUUCUUCUGGUCAAGCGCCCGUUCCGGCGAUCACCGUGCAGGUCCCGGAGAUCGAUAGCUUCUCUUCCUCCAGCGUCGGUGACCAUGACGAGACGGUUUCAUCGGGCGUGUCCUCGCGGCAGAGGUCUUUUAGCAACCUGACAGCGAUAGAUACUACUCAUACAGGUCGAGAUCGAGCCAUGAGCGGCAGUACCAUGGCGCCCGCUAGCCCGCUCCUAGAGCUGCCCGACACCAAAGGCGAACCGUCCAGCUCCGCGUCGAGUAUCUUCUCAUCCAAAGAACAAGAAGACGCUCUCCGACCCGAUCCAGGAUCCGAGAAUGAUUUCAAAAUUGAUAAUAACCCGUUCUCGUUCUCCCCAGGCCAACUCAACAAGCUACUCAACCCCAAAUCGCUCCCUGCCUUUGUUGCUCUUGGUGGUCUGUCGGGACUAGUUAAGGGGCUGCACACCGACGCUACCUCUGGUCUCAGCGCUAACGAAAGUGUUGCUUCAACUCACGAUACAUCAUCGACCGGCGCCCACGGCUCGGAGCCUUUCGCCGACCGGAUCCGCGUGUACAAGAACAACUCACUCCCAGAGAAGAAGGCGACGCCUCUAUGGAAGCUGGUCUGGCUGGCAUACAAUGAUAAGGUGCUUCACCUCUUGACUGCGGCGGCUGCCAUCUCACUGGCUCUCGGACUCUACGAAACAUUCGGUGCUCACCACGAACCCGGGGAGCCUAUGCCCGUGGACUGGAUCGAAGGUUGUGCCAUCUGUAUCGCCAUCGUUAUCGUCGUGCUCGUCGGGUCCUUGAACGACUGGCAGAAAGAAAGAGCCUUUGUGCGACUGAACGCAAAGAAAGAAGACCGCGAAGUCACGGUUGUCCGAUCAGGCAAAACCGUUCGUAUUUCUGUCUUCAAUGUUCUCGUCGGCGACGUACUCCAUCUCGAGCCAGGUGACAUCGUCCCCGCCGACGGCAUCUUUAUUGAAGGUCAUAAUGUGAAAUGCGACGAGUCCUCUGCAACCGGAGAGUCGGAUCAGCUGAAGAAAACUGGUGCGCAGCAGGUCAUGGACAUGUUGGAGCAAGGACAUAGCAAAGCACACGACAUGGACCCGUUUAUCAUCUCAGGCAGCAAGAUCCUCGAAGGUGUCGGUACUUGCCUGGUGACAUCUGUUGGUGUGAACUCUAGCUACGGCAAGAUUCUCAUGGCCAUGAGGCAGGAUAUGGAGCCGACACCACUUCAGAAGAAACUCGAUGGUCUGGCGGGGGCAAUCGCAAAACUGGGUAGCAGUGCUGCUAUACUACUAUUCUUUGUUCUCCUUUUCCGCUUCGUCGGCACGCUGUCGGAUAAUCCACGCAGCGGGACCGAGAAAGCUUCUCAGUUCACCGACAUCUUAAUCGUCGCUAUUACAGUGAUUGUCGUCGCCGUUCCAGAGGGUCUUCCGCUGGCGGUAACCCUGGCGCUGGCAUUUGCGACCACUCGCAUGGUAAAGCUCAACAAUCUGGUGCGCGUCUUGAAGUCUUGUGAGACUAUGGGUAAUGCCACCACCGUCUGCUCGGAUAAAACAGGGACAUUGACGCAGAACCGCAUGACUGUUGUUACCGGAGUCUUCGGGGACGAUCACUUCGACGAUAAGAACCAGACCGGGAACGAGCGACGGUCAGCCGCUUUUGCCAACGAUAUGGCGAAGGAUCAUAAGCGGGUAUUGAUCGAGUCGGUCGCCGUCAACUCGACAGCCUUCGAGGGCGAAGAGAACGGAGUUCCUGGAUUCGUUGGUUCCAAGACCGAAACUGCUCUGUUAGGCUUUGCCCGAAACGUGCUAGGAAUGGGAUCUCUCGCAGAGGAGCGCGCAAAUGCGACUGUCGUGCAACUGAUGCCCUUCGACUCCGGUCGCAAAUGCAUGGGGGUAGUGGUGCGACUGGAAAAUGGCCAAUACCGAUUCCUCCUCAAAGGGGCUUCCGAAAUCUUGCUUGGUUACAGUUCCGACAUCUGGAAACCGUCAGGCGUUGACGUCCUUGACAUACGCGAGCGGGAACAGCUUGAAGACAUCAUUUUAACUUACGCCAAACAAUCACUUCGCACGCUUUCUUUGGUAUACCGCGACUUCCCUGCCUGGCCUCCGCGAGAGGGAAUCAGCGCCGAUGAUCCCAAAUCUGCAGAUCUUGCCUUGCUGCUGAAGGAUAUGGUUUUCCUCGGCGUCGUUGGAAUCCAAGAUCCGAUUCGUCCUGGAGUGCCCGAGGCAGUGGCCAAAUGCCACCAUGCGGGCGUGACGGUCCGCAUGGUCACCGGUGAUAACAUGGUCACGGCGAAAGCUAUCGCGACAGACUGCGGGAUCUACACAGGCGGAGUGGUCAUGGAAGGACCGCAUUUCCGUACCUUGACGGACGAGGAAUUUGCGGAGACGCUACCGAAACUGCAGGUUCUGGCCCGUUCAUCUCCAGAAGACAAGCGGAUUCUCGUCACUCGGCUGCGAGAAAUGGGCGAGAUCGUUGCAGUGACGGGCGAUGGAACCAACGACGGCCCUGCCCUGAAGGCUGCGAAUAUCGGAUUCUCGAUGGGAAUCGCCGGAACGGAAGUAGCCAAGGAAGCGUCCGCGAUUGUUCUUAUGGAUGACAAUUUCGCCUCGAUCCUGACAGCUCUGAUGUGGGGACGAGCCGUGAACGAUGCUGUCCGGAAGUUCCUGCAAUUCCAGAUCACAGUUAACAUCACCGCCGUGUUCCUGACGUUUAUUUCGUCCGUCUCCGACGCAGAGAUGCGAUCCGUCUUAACAGCCGUGCAGCUCCUCUGGAUCAACCUGAUCAUGGAUUCUCUCGCCGCUCUAGCCCUCGCAACCGACCCCCCCACCGAAGCAAUCCUCGACCGCAAACCGCCCAAACGCGGCGCCCGCCUCAUCUCAAUCACCAUGUGGAAAAUGAUCAUCGGCCAAGCCAUCUUCCAGCUCACCGUCACCCUAAUCCUGCACUUCGCCCAGGGCCCCGGAUUCCUCGACUACCCGGACGAAGAGCGCCGAUCGAUCGUCUUCAACACGUUCGUGUGGAUGCAGAUCUUCAACGAAUUCAACAACCGACGCCUUGACAACAAAUUCAACAUCUUCACGGGCCUGCACCGCAACUAUUUCUUUAUUGUCAUCAACUGCCUCAUGGUCGGCUGCCAGAUCCUGAUCGCGUUUGUCGGGAAGACCGCUUUCAGCAUCGUCCCGAUCAAUGGCGUCCAGUGGGCUAUUUGUAUCCUGGUUGCGGCGCUGUCGUGGCCGUGGGCGAUUGUUGUGCGUGUUUUCCCAGAUGACUGGUUUGCUGUUGUUGCGCGGUUUGUUGGCAAGCCGGUUGUUGCGGUGUAUCGGCCGUUGAGUCGGGGGAUGCAUCGGCUUGGUGGGAUGAUGCCGUGGAAGAGAAAGAAGGCGCAGGAGGAGGGUGAGGAUACUGAGCCUGUGGUGAGUGAGAGACGGGAUGUUGAGAAGGUGUGAUUAGCUUGGGUAUUGGAAUGGGUGAUAGAUGCAGAUUGCCUGAGUAUUGUUUAUUUGUUUGCUU